CGUAUUUAAAUCGCGUAUAAGAGAUUCGUUGAAAAUUAUUAGUGUUCGAAUUAUUUUUACGUCAGAGACCUUGCAGCUCUCGCAGGUAUCAUGUUUGUUGUUAUACACUGCUUAAAAAUGUUUGACAAAUCGAGGAAUGGUUAUCGGAAGCGUGUAAAUAUAUCGAGAGAACUAAACGAAGUGAAGAUUGAUGACAGUAAACAUUACGUACCAAGUACCGAGAGCUGUUUCAUAAAAGAGGAACGAUUACUUUUGGCGGAACGCUUGUGAUUAACUCGAAGAAGUUGCGGUCAAGGAAUAAAUUGUAUAAGAUAUCGAAGCUAGAAAAUAUGAAAGCUCUCCCUCAAAUUAUUGUCAAUCUUUGUCCAUUGAUUGCGUUAUUAUUCAGUAUAAUUGUUAUAAUUGCGACGAUAUACAUCAACGAAAAAGUUACUCCGCUUCUUGUAUUCUUCUCUAUACAAGUAUACUUAAAUUGGUAUUCGAUAUACACGAUAAGCCGUAAUGCAACGACUAUGGAUGUUAGAGCAAUAGGGAAGAAAUUAUUAACAGAUAAAAGAGUAAACAAUGUUGAAUACAAAUAUUGGUACUGUGAAAAAUGCGCUAAUUAUACGUGCAAACCAACGCAGCAUUGCAUCUUUUGCAAAAAGUGUUAUCACUUUCGCGAUCAGCAUUGCUUCGUCCUAGGUGCUUGUAUAUUAAGGCAAAAUGUAGGUAACUUCAUUUUGUUCUGUCUCUAUACGGCAUUUACAUGCAUACAUUCAUUAUGCAUUCUUGGACCGUAUUUAUACGAAAAUAUUAAUCGUGUAAUAAGAACAGACACGGACUCCUACAAUAUAUUUUUAAACUUUUGCUUCCCCAUCGCGCUUAUUCGAUUACUAAGAGAUUCUAAAGAGAACACUUAUAUAAUACUAGUAACGAUGUUCGAUGUCUUAGUUUCGAUUUUAUUUAUAUCCUUGGUGUACGCAACUUGGAAAUUGCACAGCUGCAUGACGGGGAAACAACGUUAUGCAAAUAUAUCGGGAAGGCAGAGUUUGAGAGAGAUCUUUGGAAGUUACGGUCUUUCAAACAUUAUCUUUCCGUACAAUGGUCUUAUAGGAACUAGAGACCUUAAUGGGAAAUAUGAGUUGAAGCAAGUAUAGAAGGGCUUGAGAAACUUAAUGACGAAGUAAUUGAGAUAUGUACAAUUAUACGUUUUAUACUUGAUCGGACACAUGAAGUACGCGUUCUUUGUUUAUUAUAAAUUAUAUUGUAUUAUAAUAAAUAUUAUGUAUUUAAAACACAUUUUCACAAAUCAUACUACAGUCUUCGUGUUCACGAAAAGACCGUUCUCAUAUUUCUAUAUUACAUGUGUAAUAAUAAAGAUUGUAAUGAAAACAA